UGAACUUUACAAUGUCUCCGAUUUUAAAUAAUGGAUCUAUUUUACUUUGAUACACGCUUCUAUUCGACGAUAUGUUUGUAGUUAAUUAUUUACUUUUAAGCAUAUUUAUUACUUGUGUUUGGUCUCUACUCACCCAUGGUUUUAAUAAUGAAGAUCAAAUGCACCUGGUAUCCCCCGACCAGCACACACAGACGCCUCGCCUCGAAGAUUUCUUCUGGACAGGGUCUGGUGAUGGACCACCACCGCCAGACCUGUCAGAACCACUGCCUGAACCUAGCACACCAGUGGUACACACCACCACGGUGCUUGCUACUGUAUACUUGGACUCGUAUCCUCCUCAGGCGGUGACAGACAGCUCGGGUGAGUGCGUGCACAACUGCGACUCGUCUCCCGGCAGCCUGGAGCCAGACGUGCCAGAGGACAGGCGAUAUUGGCUCCUCACUGUUAUACAAGGGGCUACUCCCGAUAGCUUGCAAUUACGGCUUGCCAGACUCUAUCAGAAGGCAUUUUUGAGACAGCAAGAAAGACACCUAGGAAUCAUUAAAUCAUUAGAUGCAUCACCACCAAGAAAGAAACAUGAUGUACAUUCGUUUGUGGUGAAUAAGGAUAGUCAAAUAAAUCCCAUUAGUUCUGAUACUCCGCUCAAAUAUUCAGAAAUAGAAAGUUCUAUAGUAAAUGUCGGUGAUAUAACUCCAACAAAAACUAUUACCUCUACUUUAGCAACAUUUGUGAAAGUUCCAGAAUCAAGUGCUCUAAAUGGUGAAAUGUAUUUAGCAAAUAGCAUAGAUACCUCAUUUAUAGAUGAUAUUGAACCAACUUCACUAGCUGAUAAAGAAUCUUGGGUAUUAGUAACCCCAACUAUAGUCUUAAAGAAAAGAGAAAUCAACAUAGGGGAAGAGUUUGAUAUGAUGAAAGAAGAUAUGAUUGAUUUGCCUCUAGAAGAGGAUAAUAAUGGCACGUUGCUGUAUAAGCGUGAAAUUAUCAAACCUGAACAGCAGCCACCAGUGCAAGUGCACAUCCAAAAUAUAUCAGAAUCAGCAGAAACAGGUAGUGUCCAAAUAGUAUACGUAGUUCUGGUUGGGGGGAGAGCUGUACCAGCUGCGGUGGCUGCGAGAGACAUGCGUCUGGUGAGGGAUGCUGAAGUUGCCAAGGAACUGGGCGCGGUUGUUACUACUAAGGCUGAGCCAGCGUAUCUCAAAGCGGCUGAAGGACUAGAAGGAGAAGCAGCACCAGCUGGAGUGCACGGCACCGAACUGUGGGCUCUGAUAGUGGGCUCCACCAUUGCGCUACUGCUCCUGGUGAUACUGUUCGUGCUACUAUGUCUAGCACAUAGGAAAAAAUCUCUGAAAUCCGCAGCAUCCCUUCGAGCGUAUAGAAACGAGUUGAUGCGAGAGUUAGAACAGAGUAAGCAAGAACGAGAAGAUAAGAAUUCAAAGCAAUUAAUAAGCGUGGUAUCUCCGAGUAGAACAAGACCGAGCAGUGCCUUACUGCCCAUUUAUAGGAAGGACAGUACUUCUGGUUCAUCCACAACAUCGUCAGGUGUAUCGGAGGUGGCGGUGGCUCUGCGAAGACGACAGAAAAAACCACAUGCGCUUAGAAUGCCUCAGAAAAAACGAGUGGGAACAACAGACAGUUUACUAGAAGCGGCGGGUGUGGAGAGCUCAGACAGCGGACACACUCCCACGUCAUAUCUCUCUAUGCCAUCUAUUUCUGCUUUUCCAAGGGGCAACACAGUAGAACCAUUAUCCCGUAUUCUCGAACCGGUAUCCGUUCGUCACUUGGACGUAGAUUCCCCAAUAUCCAGCCCCAGGGCAAGGCAGGGGCAGGACACAGUGCCCCGGAGGCAAAUGCCCUCACAGCUGGUGAGAUUGGGCAGUAUUGAUAAGGACCCUGGUGUUAUCGGACCUUUAGUGUGGGAUUUGCAUUGCCAGAGGAUUAAGGAUGCGUCCAAGCCUUCAACUCCAAAGUCCCAAGAGCCAGGUCGCAUGAGACAGCGGUUCAACGAGCUGAUGGAUGAUGCGUUUACUCUCUUCGGGAGUGCGGGUUCGACUCCCAGCAAUGAUACGUAUACGGUGGAGAGGGAGGAUAAGGGGAAUGAGGCAAUGGCGCAAGCCCGCAACGACAACGUGCGUCUCCCGGCGUCGCCCGCACAUAGAGACACUGUUCGUGGUAGAUCUGCUGGGGUUGGUCGCGACAGCAAUAUGUCGGACUGUCCCCGUCCCCGCACAGCGCUACCGGCCCCGCGACCCGCACAGCGACGUGCUGCCUGGGGACCGCAGGCCACGAAUCCCCGUCACCCCUCUACCCCAGUAGUUCACCCCGCCCUUAUCACAACUGAGGGCAAGUUAGCCCCCGACGACCCGGCGUUACCUCUCAUAUCCGCUAUUAAAAGUGAAAUACAACGUGUUAGAGAAAAUGCUAUGAAACCUAAUUAAAUAACAGUUUAAUAUUUAACUAACAGUCCGCCCCGGCUUCGCCCGUGGUCCAUGUUUAGGUACGUUUUCUCUCCAUAAGAACCAUCCUCGUACU